UUUUAUAUCUGUUUGGAGGUGUUGGGAAGGGGAGGGGGGGUGGGGUUCUUGAGAGAAAUUUUAUUUAGAUAUUUGUUUGAAAAAUGUAAAAUGUUAACGAAAGAAAAAUAUUCUCAAUUUUUGUCUCCACAAAAAAAUUCUGUCUAAAAUUCUUUUUAGGUUUCCGAAGAUGGAAAUGCACUUGCUAGGGCAUCAUUAGGAAAUUUAAUGUUAAAACGAAAAAAUUUUCCUGAAGCAAUGAAACAUUUUGAAAGAUCGUUGGAUAUCCAACCAUUACAGACUUCUGUAAAAGCUUUUCAUCGUUGUGUAAAUAUUGAACCUGAACAUUUUGAAGCUUGGAAUAAUUUGGGUAAAUUUUUUGAUUUUAAUUUGAAUAUACAAAUUAUUAAAAAAAUUCUUUUAGCAGCUUCAUAUAUUCAUUUAAAUCAAAAACAUCGAGCACACAAAAUUUUACAAGAAGCCUUAAAAUUAAGUUGGGAAAAUACUUAUCUUUGGACAAAUUUUCUUUUAAUUUCUGUUGAUAUUGGGGAUUAUGAGAGUGGAAUAUCUGCUUUGGAAAAAUUAAUGGAUUUGGACAAAAAUUUAAAAAUCGAUGAAUGCCCUCUAGAAAUUAUGUCGAUUGAAAUAUUAAAUGAACAAAAUAAAGAAAAAUUGGAAGGAAUGAAGAAAUCACUUUUGAAGGUUUUGGCACGUGCAAGUUCGAGACAGUCUUUUGGUGGAAAGUUACAACGUCUUCACGCAUUUUUAAAAAAGCCGGAAAAUGGGGAGGAUAUUACACAAUGGACAAUUUUUGUUAAUUUACUUGAGAAAGCUUUUAAAAAAGAAUUUGAUAGAAUUACUAUAGGAAAGAUUUUUAAAAAUUACAAAGAUUUAUUAAAUCAAUUUUUGGAAUUAAUUAAUGAAUUUAAAUUGUUUUGGAAAAUACAAAAAUUAGAAGAAAUUCAGAUAAAUUCUCAAUUAAAAUUAAGAAUAAAACCAAUUAUUGGAUUUUUUGAAAAAGAAUUUGGAGAAAAUUGUGAAUUAUGUGAAGAUGAAGAAUUUAAUAAAUUAUUUAGAGAAAUUAAAAAUUUGUUUAUUUUUUAA